AUGAUCUUGCUAUUUCAAGGCAACUCUAGCCCCCCUGAUAUUCGUCAACAAAUGGAAUCCUCAUUGUACAAAUAUAAAUUAGAUGAUAAGACUUUACAAAAGACCCAAUUAGAGCAACAUAAAAUGUUUCAAAACUUUCCCACCAUCCCUGCUCCAGCUGUCCCAAGUGCUCCUCCUCCUCUUUUAAUGGGCAUAAAACCAAAGCCCCCUUCGAUUCAAGGACAAGAUGAAUCUGAUGAUGAUUCUUCUGAUGCUCUCUUUGACACUAAAGCCAACAAUACUUUGUCUUUUGAUGACAGUGAUAAGCCCCUAGCACACAUUCAUAUUUAUGAAGAGAGACCAUCCACUCAUUCUCCUUCACGACAAAGGCUUUCUGAUUUACUGGCUUUGCAAUCUUGA